CUUCCAUGGACAGUUCCCAUAUGAGUGCCCCAUUACAUGGACUUUUCCCAUCAGAGUGCCCCUUACAUGCAGUGUUCCCAUCGGAGUGCCCCCUUACAUAGAAUCUUCCCAUUGGAUUGCCCCCUUACAUGGACUGUUCCCAUCAGAGUGCCCCCUUACAUGGACUAUUCGCAUUGGAGUGCCCCCUUACUUGCAGUGUUCCCAUCGGAGUGCCCCCUUACAUGCAGUGUUUCCAUUAGAGUGCCCCCUUACAUGCAGUGUUUCCAUUAGAGUGCCCACUUACAUUCAAAGUUCCCAUUGGUGUGCCCCCUUGCAUGGACUGUUCCCAUCAGAGAGCCCAUUUACAUGGAUUGUUCCCAUCGGAGUGCCUGCUUACAUGGACUGUUAGCAUCGGAGUGCCCC